AUGUGGCGACAGCGGAAGCCGUUGGAACGGCGAUCUACAGAAGGGCGACGCAGUUCGGUGGUCGAUUGGAUCAACGGACUCUCGGAUAACAAUAACUACAAAGCGGAUCAUUGGGUCGAGAAGUGAGUUCAUCUUCUGACAACGAGGCUGUCCCAUCUUCAUCCUAAUACGGUGAUUCUUUGCGAGGGCCCUCAGCAGUGAGGAGAGGGAGAAAGGGUGCUGCCCCGAAUCGGAACUUCCCGAAUCCGAACCAAUUAGCACUGAAAACAGUUCUGAUUCAGGAAUUUCCGAUUCGGGGCAGCAUCGGAGAAAGUUCGGUCCCCGUCCCUUGAACUGUCGGCUGCUUAUUUCGUUGGCCGGCGGCGCGCCCUCCAAGCCAAUUCCCGCUGUUUUUUGUUGCUCUUUGCUAGUUUUGAUCAUGAUGAACGUAUUCAUGAAGAGAAUGAAUAAGAUGAAUCGGUAUUUGUCCGGCGGCACGCAUUUAAAGUCUAAAAAACCGUGCCUAAUAAUGUUCAGACAUGAAGCGGGUUGUGAACGAAUGACUAGGAAUGGAAGUGUGUGUGCCGUCAAAGAAUCAGAACCCGACGUGCCGACUCAACACAAAGAAGUUCUGCUGACGAAAUUGAAAAUAGAGGUAAACGAGAAAGAGAGAUAACCACAUCUAUCUGUAGUAUUCAGAUAAAGAACAUAAUGGCGGAGCACGGAGCCAAGAAGUAUCUCAACUUGAACUCCCCCUACGUCAGUUCCCUCUGUGGUGGGUGAAUGACGUCUUGUUGUCAUGUCAUCUUCAAUUACAGUCGCCGUGGACGCGUGUCUGAUGGACGGUCUCCGACGACGUCUUCUCACUCUCUUCAACAGUCCGUCCUCGAUGACACUUCUUCAGAUAAUCGCAAAGUCCAACGGGUCCGCACAGCAGGUUUUAGAGCAGACGAAGACAAUAGAGGAGCACCAUACAAGUGUGAUACCACUUCAUUUAAUAUGGAUUCGGGAAGCACUUUACAUGAAGUCGCUGUCGACGAUCAUUAAUCAUUUCAUUGACUCGAAAAGGUAAUUGGAUCUGGCUUCAGACUUCAGCCUACCGCAAUCUUUGGCCGAUUCGAAAGAAUGCGAAAGUAACAAUUAGAAAAGUGUUGAACGCUGUCAUUUUCAGUGUCCGUCGCUAUUACGACAGCAACGCAUUGCUUCUGGAUCCCGUGAAAGGUCGUCUGGUGGCCACUCUGCUCCGUGAGUCACUCGCCGAAUGAAAUGAAAUGUUUCUCGGGAAGAGGGCCAAUUAAUCGAGUUUGGAGCCUGCGCGACUCCUCCAGCGCCAAUUAUGGAUUAAUUUUUUGUGCCCCUUAGGCGUCUCGGCUCGGCGACCACGGGUGGAAAUGAGGGCCACGCCAAAUAGAGCAGAGAGAUGCGAGACAGGCGGUGAGAGAAAAAAGGCAAGCGCGAGCAAGUAAGAAGAGCCUGAGGAAAAGUGAAAGAGGCUCAGAGCUCAGUCGGAGCAAGACCCGGGGCAGCCGUUGUGUGCUUCUUCGUGCAUCCGCGUGAUUUGUCGCUGCUUCGACCUUUCAGUGCUCUUCGGACUGUCCCUUUUUAAUUGGACACAUUCCCGCAUAUUUACAAAAGAAUUGCUCGUAUCUUUUCUGAAAAGAGACGACGCUCAAAAAAUGCAAAUUGCAUAUCGAAUUCGUCCGAAAUUUUCAAGAGCUCGCCGAGCAAAACAACAAACGGCAGCCUAAAUGCUCAUAAAUACAGAAUUACGUGUUUUCGACGCCUUAUUUUCAAAGAGCCACUCUGCCGGUUUUUGUGAUCCCGGCGCUCAUCUGGAGUCCAGCCUGAUUCUCUGUUUCCAGACUAAUCGAGUUGUUCGGCGCUCUGCUUCGCCGGGAGCAUGUGCUUCUCGCAUGUCUUCUCCCACUAAUGGAGAGAGAGAGAGCAGCUCGUGGGAUCUGCUCCACGAGCUGCUCGCGUUUCUCUUUCCCUUUUUCUCCUUCUUUUUUAUGAUACACUAAUGAAUAUUCCUUUUAGAUGUAUACGCAAACCUCUUUCUCUUUCUCUUUUUCUCCCCAGCUCUUUCGUCACAAAUUCGUUUGCUCGAAAAUGAGGCACGCAGAUGAUGAGCCCUUCCCCUUACUGGCCCUUUUCCCCCCUUCAUUUCCUUUCCAAUCUUUCGUUUCCGUUGAGCGUUUUAGCUUGAAGACUCACUAGAGAAGCCCUUCUUCGGAUUAAUUUCUGAAACUUUAGAAAUUUUUUUUCCAAUUUUUCAGUGGCGCCGUGUAUGGUAACAUAUCGCAGAAUGAGCACCCGAACAGAAACCGAAGCGACCGCCGAAGAGCUCGUUGAAGGAGCCGCGAGGGCCAGGAACGGAGAGACGAACGGAUCGACGUCGGGAGUCAGCUCGAGACCUCCUCUUUCGGUUUGUCAGUGCCCGAUUUCAUUUCAGAGCCGUCAAUGUUUCAGAUAACUCGUCAAGUAUCGAGUAUGGCCGUGUCGGUAGAGAGGAACGGGUCCGUGAGCCGGGACUACGUCUUCUCCCUCCAUCACAGUUGCAAGUCGACCCUUCUCUACGGAAAGAACAAUGUGUGCGUGGCAAUGGACGGCAAUGACUUUGCCAAGGGUAAUGCCUCAAUCUUCGGCCACUCUCCCGCAUUCCUUCUCUUUAGGGUACAUGUCACUCCAGAAGUUCUACGACGGAAAUCUUUCUCUCAAAUGGGUGCCCAAUCAGCUUAUGCACGCUAGUUCCCAGCCCUCUUCGGGGCACUCAAACAACGGAGAAUUCACUAAUUUCUGGAAGAAUACGAUUAACAUUGAGAUGCGUGACAUCAUCUACAUCCAUUUGCAUCAGAAAGACGAGUCCUCUCCCGCCUGCCUCACUUUUGUCAACUGCGAAGGCGUGCAGUCGGCUCCAUUCCAACUGCCGGCCGGCCAGCAUUCCAUCGCCUUCCUCUCCUCUCUGGAGACGGGCCUCGCUCCUCUCCUUCGAUUGGACCCUCCAUUGUGGACUGGCACGACGAAAGGUACGUUUCCAUGGCGAUCCGCGUGUUAUUGUCACUUGCCCUCCUCCCCGGAGACAGCUGAUUCCAGAGAAAAUGCUGCCUCGUCUGCGCAAGCGCUCCACCGCCAUUUCGUCUCCUGUUAUGCUCGACUACGUUUUCCGGCUCGUGCGAACUUCUGGAGUCGAGCCGGCGCCAGAAGACAUGGAAGAGAACCUGGCGCCCUCUCCAAUGCCUCCGAUUCACGACAACUGGUGGGUUCGCCCCCCCAUUCCUCGAACAUUUCCAUUCUUUUCAGCGUCUCUCUGCCGAAUUCGCCGUACAUUGUCGAUAAUGUGGACAGCAUUGUCAAGUGAGAAACGCUCUUCUUUUGUGUUUCAUUCAAACGUUCUCUCGUUCUCUUUUCAGUUUUCAAAUCGGAAAAGCGUGUCAAUCGAUGAGAAACCAGAUAAUGGCGCGGGCAUUCUACGGAUGGCUCACUUAUGUCCGUCAUUUGAGAACCAUACGAACGCAUCUCCUUCACUUGGUCAACACGAAUACAGUAAUUUGUGAUGAUGACUGUGACCCGGUGGACGAGAAGUUCUGGAAGAAAUGCAGGGCUGAUCCGACGGUUAGAACAUGAAUACACAGCUGAGAAAGAGAGAUUUAUGUUUUAGAAGGAAAACGAAACCGAGUUUCUGCAGAGAAUUUACUGGCGGGGAAUCGAGGGAAUGAACUCGAAGGAAAUCAGAAGAUCGGCUUGGCCGUACCUUUUGGGAUUGUUCGAAUGGAAUGAACACCCGGAAGCUAAGAUGGAAGAGUUCACGAAAAGUUACUGGGAGGAGAUUGAAGAGUGGCGGGUUUUGGAAGCGGAGGUGCGGCGAAGGGACGAGGAAGCGUUCCGAGCGGCCAGGGCUCGGAAGGCCGCAUCGCCAGUCAGGGAAGAGUCCUGUGAAGUGUUCGAAGACCCAAACGUAGGUCACUCUCCACUGAUAUCUCGAAUUGAGUACUUCAGGAACCGUCGUGUUCGAGUCAUUACGAUCGGGAGAAUCUGAUCUCUCUGUUCCGAGCCAAUCUUCAUCGAAUCGACAAAGACGUGGAACGAUGCGACCGGAAUCUGAUAUUCUUUUCCAACAAAGACAACUUGGAGAGUCUGAGGUCAGUCCCAGGGGCACAGCUGCAACAUUUUCAAAGAGUGAAUGAAUUGCAGACGCGUCAUGUACACUUAUGUUCGUCGUAAUCUUGAAGAGGGAUACACGCAAGGAAUGUGCGACCUUCUGGCGCCACUCCUCGUCAUUUUCGAGGACGGUGAGUGGAGUUUCCGAAGGAGAUGGGGGAUAUUUGAUUUCAGAAGCACUCACGCUUGAAUGCUUCUCGAUUCUGAUGCUUCGUCAACGCGGAAAGUUCCCCCAGAGACCAGGAAUGUCAAAGUGUCUUCUCAAUUUGAGAUCCCUCAUACAGGUACGUCGAAAAAAGAUCCUCUUAUCAAUAUUGUUGAUUUCAGGUCGUCGAUCCUCAAAUCUAUGCCCUAAUUGCUGAUAUUGACUACGCACAGGCUCUGUCCUUUGCCUUCAGAUGGUUCCUUCUUGACUUUAAAAGAGGUAUACUGCACUUGAUGACGUGGCAUUUCUAAAUCUUGUACUUGAAGAAUUGUCCUAUGAGUGCACUUACAAAGUGUGGGAAACCAUUUGGGCGGCGCAUCGUCUUCAAAUCACCGACGAAUUCGCCAUCUUUUUCGGCCUUGCCACCAUUACCAAUUACCACGAUGUGCUCAUCACCAACACCUUCGACUACACCGAUAUGAUCAAAUUCUUUAAUGGUAUUCAAACAGAAUCCAGCGGUUUUCCAACACUUUUUCUCUCAGAAAUGGCCGAAAGACACGACUGCUCCCGGCUGCUCUCUUCUGCCCGCACCCACGUCAAAUGUUUGCAGAACCUUGUGCAACACCUCAAAUAG